AUGCAUCCCAGAACGCAGACAAGUAUCAACUGCCAAAAAGGACUGCAGGCUGCUUGUGGAUGUAUGUCGGUCCAGCCAUUUGCUGUCAUUGUAAAGACUGCCCAGAUCCUUGCAAUAACAGCGCUUCUCGGUGAAACAAGCAAGGGGGGUACCCAAUGCCCCACAAUGCUUGCCGCCACCUGUAUUGCUAAGCUACUACACAGAGCACAGCUGAGUGGUUUGCAAAGGCACACCUGGACUGGCAGGUGUUCAAGGAGCUGCAAUCAGGUGAAAACUGCAGGAGGUUAG